AUGUCUCCAUACGUAAUACUAAUUAUCUCAGCCAGCUUACUUCUGGGAACAUCCCUAACCCUAUUAAGCAACCACUGAUUUACAGCCUGAAUAGGACUAGAAAUUAACACAUUGGCAAUCAUCCCCAUAAUAACAUACCCAAACCACUCCCGAGCCGCUGAAUCUGCAAUCAAAUAUUUUCUCACACAAGCAACCGCAUCAAUAAUUAUAAUAUUCGCAAUUAUCUACAAUGCCUGAAUGACCAACCAAUGAACUCUCUUUCAAAUUUCCAACCAAGUAGCCUCAACCCUCAUAACACUUGCACUAGCUACAAAAUUAGGUUUAGCACCAUUCCAUUUCUGAGUGCCUGAAGUCACACAAGGCAUCCCACUAUCAUCCGGCAUAAUCCUACUAACCUGACAGAAAGUAGCUCCCACAUCAAUUAUAUACCAAAUUUCACCAUCACUUAACAUAAAAAUCCUAAUCACUUUAGCCAUCUUAUCCACACUCCUAGGCGGCUGAGGGGGACUAAACCAAACACACCUACGAAAAAUCCUGGCAUACUCAUCAAUUGCCCACAUAGGAUGAAUAGUCAUCAUCAUCUCAAUCAACCCAACCAUAGCCCUCCUAAACCUACUCAUCUAUAUCUCCGCCACACUAACCCUCUUCCUAUCACUAAACCUUACAUCGACAACAAAAAUCAAAUCAUUAGCCAACCUAUGAAAUAAAUCCACCCCAAUAACCCUUAUCAUCAUACUCACUCUACUAUCACUAGGAGGCCUACCACCAUUAACUGGAUUCAUGCCCAAAUGACUAAUUCUACAAGAACUCGUAGCCCACAACAACAUCACAAUAGCCAUACUAAUAGCAUUUUCCGCAUUACUAAACCUAUUCUUCUAUAUACGAAUCAUUUAUACAUCUGCUCUAACAAUCUUCCCAUCAACCAACAACUCCAAAUUACAAUGAUGUUACCCACAAACAAAAAAAAUCACAUUAAUUCCACUACUCACAGUCAUCUCAUCCAUACUUCUCCCCCUUUCACCACUAUUCAUCACCCUCUCAUAA